AUGCUGCUCAAGCAGUGGAAGGCCGCAGCUUUGCUAGCGAUUUCGGUCGCCUCUCAUGUUGACGCCGGUUUUUUGAACUUUGAAGGGCUAGCCAAGCGAAGCAAUGAUGGAGCGGCAAAUAAACCAACGAAUAAAGAUCAAUUCAUUGACUCUUUGAUAUCAAAGAUGACAGUGAGCGAUCUGGUCUUGCAGCUGCAUCUCAUGUUUGGAGAUGACAUUGUUGGAAAAGAUUCCCAUAAUGAACUAUACGAGCAAACGAUGCAUCUAAGUCCGACGUCUCCAAUUGGCGUGAUGCAUGAUUGGUAUCCCAUGAACAAGUCAUUCUUCAACACCGUUCAAAAGCUCCAAUUGGACAAAUCGCACAUUAAAAUUCCGAUGAUGCUCGUUGAGGAAUGUCUCCAUGGGGUUGGAUCGUUCAAGCAAUCGUUAUUUCCGCAGAAUAUUGCAAUGGCGGCUUCAUUUGACACCGACAUCGUGUACCGCGUUGGACGGGCCAUUGGAACCGAAGCAAGGUCAAUUGGAAUACACGGUUGUUUCUCACCAGUCCUCGAUCUCGCCCAUGAUCCUCGCUGGGGGAGAGUUCAAGAGGGAUUUGGAGAAGAUAAAGUUCUCACGUCGCAUAUCGGAGUUGCCUACUCUUCUGGCUUAUCCAAGAACAAGUCGUGGUCAGAUCCUGAUGCGGUCUACCCAAUCAUGAAGCACUUUGCUGCCCAUGGCGCCGCUCAAGCUGGUCAUAACACAGCUCCAUUUACAGGCCUUGGAACCCGACAAAUCAUGGAAGAUCUUCUGGUCCCUUUCAAAGCCAAUUACGAGCUAGGAGGAGCCAGAGGAGCAAUGAUGGCAUAUAACGAGAUCGAUGGAAUCCCUGCAGCGGUCCACCCGAUGUUGUACCAGACUCUAGAGGACUGGAAUUUUGACGGCUUUACUUUGGCAGACGAUACUUGCAUGAGAAACAUUCUCACACAGCACAAAGUGGCAAACUCUCAAGCGGAUGCAAUGCAGCAAUGGUUUAAUGCUGGCGGCAUGAUUGACUUUUAUGAUUGGGAUCUGGACUCCUACUUAACGGCAAAUCUCGUAGCGAAUGGAACUGUACCUCUCAAGACGCUCCAAUCUCAUGUUCGGAAAAUCCUGGGCCUCAAAUGGGACCUCGGCCUUUUUAAGAAUGCCUACAUUCCUGAAAACAUUGAUCCGCUUGCCAUCGUGGCCAGCCACCAAGACGUUGCACUCGAAGCAGCACACAAGAGCAUAGUACUGCUCAAGAAUGACAAUAGCACACUGCCACUGAACCCAUCGUCAAACACCAAAAUUGCACUGAUUGGCCCGUUUGCCGACACGAUCAAUUUGGGAGAUUAUUCCGGCGCUCUCGGACAGUAUCCUGCCAAAUAUGCAGACACCCUCCGCCAAGGCAUGUUGGGUCAUGUGAAAAAGACCAGUCACUCUAGGGUGCAAAUUACAUCCAGCUGGGGCACCAAUAGCUGGGAAUACAACAACCAAUAUGUGGUCCCAGGCUAUCUUUUGUCAUCAAAUGGGAAAACUGGUGGCCUCAAGGCGACGUACUACGGUGAGACCAACUUCACCUCCCCGAAAGCAACAAGAUCAGAGGUUCCGGCCCAAGACUGGGGUCUAUAUCCACCACCGGGGCUUUCUUCCAACAAUUUUAGCGCUGUCUGGGAAGGUCAAUUCGAAUCGCCUACUGAACUAGACGUGAACGGAUGGAUUGGACUCGCGAUUGGGCCAAACAGUACAUCGAAACUCUAUGUUGACGGCAAGUUGAUUGCAUCCAAGGGCUACGGCCCCUCAGGAAACGUCAUUGGGACCAUUGAAGGCUACGGGUGGACGCAACAGAACCACUCCAUCCCACCCCAAGAUGGCGUAGAGUUUACGUUCAAGAAGGGCGCCAAGCAUCAAGUUCGCAUUGAGUUCCAGUCAUGGAACAACUACAAGAAGACGGCAAAUGUCAACUCGGUCAACUCACAGCUUAUUUUCUGGUGGAACUUGGUAUCACCCAACGGCGACGCCCUCGACCAAGCAGUCUCAGUCGCAAAAGACAGCGAUGCCAUCGUCCUCGCGGUGGGAGCGGCCUGGAAUAGUGACGGUGAAAGCGGUGAUCGCGGAACGUUGGACCUUGCGCCUAGUCAGGAUGCGCUGGCCAAGAAGAUUUACGCACUUGGGAAGCCAGUGAUCCUGGUGCUUGAGGGUGGAAGACCAUUUGCCAUACCUGAUCAUUACGAGCAGUCAUCUGCCGUGUUGAGCACAUUCUUUGGCGGACAGGCUGGAGGACAAGCGAUUGCGGACGUACUCUUUGGAGCUUUCAAUCCCGGAGGUCGUGUACCAAUCUCCGUACCGUAUUCAGUUGGGCAGAUUCCAGCUUAUUACAAUUAUAAGCCGUCUGCUCGGGCAGCGCAGUACCUCGACAUACCGUCGGAUCCCACAUAUCCAUUUGGAUAUGGCUUAUCUUACACCACCUUUUCGACUACGUCUCCCACUGCAUCCGUCAAGGGUUCAAGCUCAAAGAGAUCCAACGUCGAUGCUCGAGCGAGUGGCCAGAGUUUCGGCGGCGGUGACUGGAUCACAUUCUCAGUGACUGUUCAGAACACUGGGUCCGUUUCUGGCAGCUAUGUUGCCCAAAUCUACUUACUAGGCCGUGUGUCAACUGUCACUCAGCCAGUCAAACAGCUUGUGGGCUUCCAACGAGUGUAUCUGAAUGCGGGUGAGAAGAGGACUGUGUCUAUUGAGCUGGAGGUUGACAGAUAUUUGAUGAUUUUGAACCGAGCGAAUAAGUGGGAGCUGGAAAAGGGAUCUUAUACAUUUGCUCUGCUGGAGAAUGGCGGUACCAACGCCGACACUAGUAAGAGUGUCACACUGCAAUGCGUUGGUUAA